AUGCGAAGCCCCAGAGAACCGAACGAAGAAGCGAACAUCCUGUCCGGUCCUGAGCGUGACACAAUGUUCAUCUUUUGCUCCGUCCACAGUAACCCCUUCCCGGAGGCCACUUCACCUCUGUCGCGGAUUGGGCGAUACGUGCUUGCCUCCGUGCUCUUCAUCACCGAGUUGACGUUGCUGAUGGGCGUGCCAGCGACGACAGGCUUUCUGGCAUGGUCUACUCGAAACCAGCUCUGGCCGGCUCUGAACGAUGCGGGGCUGGGGAAGGAAGCAGAGGAGGUCCUGGGCUACCUCGUCUUUGACACGAUAUUUCUUGGUUUGCUGAUCUGGGGUGCUGUGCCCGUUCUUGCGGCGAGCAGAAUGGGUGGCAAUAGAGGAAGGGUGCUCACGUAUGCGGCGUUCGGCGGGAUGACGGUGGUGUUUAGGGGAGCAUGA